UCCGCUCCUCUCCGCCCGGCUCGGCCCCCUCGCCCUCCCUGAGGGCUGGGCCGGGGAAGGCAGUGUCCACACCGAACCCCACCUCUGGCUCACGUCCGCGUUCUGUGGGACGCGAGGUACGUUUGGGGACGAUAAGGGCCCGCCGGCCGGCAGGCUGCUUAUCAGAACGAACAACAGGGGCCCUGGAGCCGCACCCCGGGCCUCAGAACGAACAACAGGACCGGGAGCCGCACCCGGCCAGGCCUUGCCACACCGGGUUGGGCAAGUCCUUCCUUUAACUCAGGCCCCGGGGACCGUUAGCUCCCUCUGGGCGUGGCCCCGGGGAUCGGCCAGACCAGACAGCAGAGGCGCUUCCUGUUGCUGCCGGGGAGGGGGCCGUCCCCGUGGCUUCCGGCUCCUCCGCAGGAGCCAGGCCCGGCACAGGCCGCCCAGUUCGCAGAUGAGAAAACUGAGGCAGAGGGGCUCAGCGGCCCCCGGGUGUCGCCCCCCAGGCCGGGGUCCUGCCCGCCGGGGGCGCUGCCCAGCAGCCUGGCCUUAGGCCGCCCGGCAGGAGGCCAGAGGAGGGACGGCGAGAUGCAGCGGAUGGGGUCCGUGCAGCGGGAGCCGGAGCCGGGGGCGGAGGAGCUGUGGGAGCCGGAGGUGGAGCGGCUGUGCUCCUCCUGGGCACCCCUGCGCUCACUGCCCUACGCCAUGGCGGACCGGCGCUUCCUCCGGCAGCUGUGGGAGCCCGAGGGGGCCGAGGCCUCCUGCUGGCAGCGGUGGCGGCGGCGGUGGGCGGCCGCGGGGCGGCGCCUGCAGGGGGCAGCGCGGAGGCUGGCCCAGGGCUUCGGGCUCUGGGAGGGGGCGCUCUACGAGAUCGGGGGCCUGUUUGGCACCGGGAUCCAGUCCUACUUCACCUUCCUCCGCUUCCUGCUGAUGCUCAACCUGCUGACCGUGCUUCUGACCGCCGGCUUCGUGCUGCUGCCCCUGGUCUGGCUCCGCCCGCCGGGCCCAGGCCCCGUCCUCAACCUCACAGCCCUCCAGUGCCCUGGUGGCCCCCAGCCCCCGCCCGCCGCUCCCAAUUUCCACUCCCGACUCUGGAAUGUGCUCACGGGCAGGGCCUUCAGCAACACCUACCUCUUCUACGGCGCCUACCGGGCGGAGCCGGAGGGCAGCUCCGCCUACAGCAUCCGCCUGGCCUACCUGCUGAGCCCGCUGGCCUGCCUGCUGCUCUGCUUCUGCGGGACCCUGCGGCGGAUGGUGAGGGAGCUGCCCCAGAAGCUGUUCCUGGGCCAGGAGUACCGGGCGCCGCUCAGCACCAAGGUCUUCUCCUCCUGGGACUUCUGCAUCCGGGGCCUGGAGGCGGCCACCAUCAAGCAGCAUGAGAUCAGCAACGAGCUCAAGGUGGAGCUGGAGGAGGGCCAUCGCUUCCAGCUGGCGCAGCAGCGGACGCGGGCCCAGCGCGCCUGCCACCUGCUCUCCCACCUGCGGGUCAACGUGCUCUUCGGGCUGCUGGUGGUCGGAGCCAUCAGCGCCAUCUUCUGGGCCACCAAGUACUCGCAGGACAACAAGGAGGAGACCCUGUUUGUGCUGCUCCAGUACCUGCCCCCCGGGGUCAUCGCCCUGGUCAACUUCCUGGGCCCCCUGCUGUUCGUGUUCCUGGUGCAGCUGGAGAGCUACCCGCCCAACACCGAGGUCAACCUCAUCCUCCUCUGGUGCGUGGUGCUGAAGCUGGCCAGCCUGGGCAUGUUCUCCUUCUCGCUGGGCCAGACCGUGCUGUGCCUCGGCCGCAACAGGACCAGCUGUGAGUCCCACGGCUACAACGCCUGUGACUACCAGUGUUGGGAGAACUCGGUGGGCGAGGAGCUGUACAAGCUGAGCACCUUCAACUUCCUGCUCACCGUGGCCUUCGCCUUCCUGGUCACCCUACCCAGGCGGGUGCUGGCGGAGCGGCUCCGGGGCCGGUUCUGGGCCUGGCUGGGCCGGGAGCAGUUCCUGGUGCCCACGAACGUGCUGGACGUGGUGGCGGGGCAGACGGUCGUCUGGAUGGGCCUCUUCUACUGCCCGCUGCUGCCCCUGCUGCACAGCGUCUUCCUGGCGCUCACCUUCCACAUCAAGAAGUACACGCUCCUGAGGAACUGCAAGGCGUCCCUGCGGAGGUUCCGAGCCUCCAGCUCCACCUUCUUCUUCCAGCUGGUGCUGGUGCUGGGCCUGCUGCUGGCCGCCCUGCCGCUGGCCUACGUGGUCAGCAGCAUCCACUCCUCCCGGGGCUGCGGCCUCUUCGCCAACUACUCGGCGCCCUGGCAGGUGGUGCUGGAGCUGGCGGCGCUCCGGCUGCCGCCCCCCGGACAGCAGGCCCUCGGCUACCUGGGCUCCCAGGCGUUCAGCUUCCCCCUCCUCAUCCUGCUCAGCCUCGUCCUGACCGUGUGCGUCUCCCAGUCCCAGGCCAACGCCAGGGCCAUCCAGGGGCUGCGGAAGCAGCUGGUGUGGCAGGUGCAGGAGAAGUGGCACCUGGUGGAGGACUUGUCCCGGCUGCUGCCAGAGCCGGGCCUCGCUGACUCCCCGGGGCCCACAUCCCCUCGCUCUCCGUCUUCGCGCCCGCAGUCCUUGUGCCCCGGAUUCCCCUGCCCGGGCUCCCCGGGGCCCAGGUCCCCCCAGGCCCUCAGGCCCCCCAGGCCCGCCCCCUCCCCCGCGGAUCCCGCCUGUAGGUUCCGCUUCCCCAGCAGCUCGGAGCUGUACCCCCAACCCCCUCUGUCUGGAGCCUCCCCGCCGCCCCAGAGUCCCCACCGCCCCCCAGAGUCCCUCGGACCCCACGCCCUGCUCCCCGGUGACGCCCCAAAGCAGGUUCACACACACCCCAGGGGGCAGGAAGAAAAAUGGAAGCUUGUGUUUAUGGUCUGUUUUUUUAAUUUCUUUGUAUAGCUUGUGUUUUUCUUAUUUCUUUAAGUUUUGUAUUUCGUUGGCUGUUUUGUGAUUAAAACAUAAUAUGUUGGUAUAAUAACCAUGAAUACAGUCAUAAAUAC